AGCAAUAAAAGAAUAUCACUAUAUAAGAAGAUGACCUCAAAAGAAUCUGUACAUCGUAACAGCAGAAGAAAGGCCAUAGAUUAUAGAGAAAUGGCAAGUGAAGCUGAAGUAGUGAGCAACAAGCAGGUGAUAUUCAAGGAAUAUGUUAGUGGCUUUCCUAAAGAAUCAGACAUGUACAUGACUACUUCUUCCGUCAAGCUUCAAGUAGAAGAAGGCAGUACAAGUGUUCUGGUCAAGAAUCUUUACCUGUCUUGUGAUCCUUACAUGCGUGGUCGAAUGAGAAAUACUCCUUCUGAUGAUCCGGAGUUCUCCCCACUCCAUCCUGGCUCUCCUGUAUUUGGACUGGGAGUAGCAAAAGUGGUGGAUUCAGGGCAUCCUGGGUUCAAGAAAGGUGACUUAGUAUGGGGAUCAACCAGGUGGGAAGAGUACACUCUUAUAACAGCACCUGAGGGCCUCUUUAAAAUCCACCAUACUGAUAUACCCCUUUCCUACUACACUGGACUUCUUGGUAUGCCUGGAAUUACUGCUUACUUUGGUUUGAACGAGAUAUGUACUCCCAAGAAAGGAGAACGAGUGUACGUUUCAGCUGCUUCUGGUGCAGUUGGUCAGCUUGUUGGGCAAUUUGCAAAAUUGAUGGGUUGCUAUGUCGUGGGAAGUGCUGGAAGUAAAGAAAAGGUUGAUUUGUUGAAGAACAAAUUCGGGUUUGAUGAAGCUUUCAAUUACAGAGAAGAGCAUGACUGGAAUGCAGCUCUAAAAAGGUAUUUUCCUGAAGGCAUUGACAUAUAUUUUGAGAAUGUCGGAGGAAAAAUGCUGGACGCAGUGCUGCUAAACAUGAGAACCCACGGUCGAAUUGCUGCCUGUGGAAUGAUUUCCCAGUACAAUCUGGAGCAUCCUGACGGAGUGCACAAUCUGAUAGUCGUUGUUCAUAAAAGAAUUAGGAUACAAGGGUUCAUAUCUUUUGAUUACUUUGGACAGUACUCAAAGUUCCUGGAUUUUGUUUUGCCUUACAUUAGAGAAGGGAAGAUUACUUAUGUGGAAGACAUAGCUGAAGGCAUUGAGAGCGCCCCUGCUGCUCUUGUGGGCCUUUUCAGCGGCCGAAAUGUUGGGAAACAAGUAGUUGCAGUUGCUCAUGAGUGAUUUUGCUUGCCAUUCUUAAAUCUUUCUGAAUAAAACACGCUUCUGUCUUAAGACGUCAGGAUGUCUCAAAACUUUACUCACAGCAUAAGACGUCAGGAUUCCAUUCCUGACAACUUCAUUCUCCAUUAAUAAUUUCAGCAAUAAUUUCUUUUUAAAUGUGAUUUAUAGAAUUACUGUAACCCAAUUAUCUCAUAAUGUUGUUUAUAUAAUACUUUUGUUGAUGACAAAUUAUAAGAAUAUGGUAUAAGAUUUGAGGGCAAA